CGAAUAUGGUGCGAAAAGAGAAUCCGCAGUCGGAAGAAACACGAGGGAAGGAAUCGUCAUUAUUUUCGAAAGCAGACUUUGCGUCUUAAAAUGUGCCGCGUUCAAUACUGAACCAAAUCGAUUAGCAAAUGCCUGGGCUCCAAACGUAAUGUUCAGUUUGCCAACUAAACAAAACGCAGCGCGGACUUAACGGAGCCUGAAAAAGAUUGUGUCCGAGUGCGUUAGUGUGCGUGUGUCGGUGUCGCAGUCGGUGUGGGAAUAAGAAGCAAAGUGAGAAAGAGAGGAGUGAGAAAGGGGAGAGAAGUGGGCAGAGGAGGAUCUUCUGCAGGAUCUUCGAUGCACAUUAGCUAACUGGGCGAAUGUCGUAGUGGUCCACCUGGUCCACCCCACCUACACAAAAUUCCACCACAAAUUCCCAGCAGGAUGCCCAUUUCGAUGGCCGUGUGUGAAACGGCGAAUGUCGUCAACGCAGCUCUGCGAGAGUCCCUUGGCGCGUCGUCCUCUUCGACCGACCAGGCCAAAACCGGCGAGGAUUCCGCCGGCAACCUACAAAACCACAUCGUGGCCAAUGCCAAGCGCAUCCUAAUGGCCAAAAUUGAAUACGAGGAGGUGCCCAAUUUCCACGAAUCGGUGCUGGAGAACCUCAAGUCCAAAUACAUUGUCAUCAAGCCUGGAAACCCAGGCGCCAUCAAUGGUUUUGGUGGUAAAAACAACACAGGCAAAGUUGUGGGCGCAAAUGGACAUGACAAUAACGGCGGCGGUCGCAAACAGCCGGAGCACCCCAACAAUCAGUCACACCACAACAACCACAAUCAUGCAAAUCCUACAAACAAUCCCAAUGAGCUGCCCAAACCGAAAAGGGUCCUGUAUCCCCGGGAGAAUAUCCGCAUUGGCUGGAAGCAGUCAGAGCGCAAAUGGCAGGUGGGAACGGGCAUGAUCAACGUGGGCAACACUUGCUACCUCAACUCCACGCUCCAAGCGCUCUUACACAUCCCCGCUCUAGCCAAUUGGCUCGUUUCCGAGCAGGCUCACCUGGACAACUGCAAUGUGGCCGAGUCCGGUGGCUGUUGCAUCGUUUGCGCUAUGGCCAAAACCCUGCUGGCCACCCAGAGCAAUCAAUCGGCCGUCAGGCCUUUCCUCGUCUACUCGAAACUGAAGCAGAUCUGCAAGCACAUGGUCGUCGGUCGGCAGGAGGAUGCGCACGAGUUCCUCCGCUUCCUGGUCGAGGCCAUGGAACGAGCCUAUCUGAUGCGUUUCCGCAACUACAAAGAGCUGGACCAACUGGUGAAAGAGACGACGCCGCUGGGACAGAUAUUCGGGGGCUACUUGCGCAGUGAGGUGCGCUGUCUGAGCUGCAGCCACGUGUCCAUCACGUUCCAGCACUUCCAAGAUCUGUUGCUCGACAUACGUAAGGCGGACUCGUUGGAGGACGCCUUCGAUGGACACUUCUCGCGGGAGCGGCUGGAGGAUAUGGGCUACAAGUGCGAGGGCUGCAAGAAGAAGGUUUCUGCCACAAAGCAGUUUUCCUUGGAGCGAGCUCCCAUUACGCUUUGCAUCCAGCUAAAGCGCUUUUCUAUGAUCGGCAACAAGCUGACCAAGCAGAUCUCCUUUAAGCCACGCAUAGAUCUGAGCAAAUAUGCUGCCCGUUCGCCUGCGGCUCAAGCGCAGCCGCUUACCUACCGUCUGGUCUCGAUGGUCACCCACUUGGGAGUGUCUCAGCACUGUGGUCAUUACACUGCCAUCGGAUCCACAGAGUCGGGCAGCUACUACAACUUCGAUGACAGCUAUGUCCGGCCCAUCGCCAUGCAGAGUGUCUGCAACACAAAUGCCUACAUCAUGUUUUACGAAUUGGACCUCUCACAGGCUGCCAGUCCUGCGGCCGUCAGGCCUAAUGGAGUGCGUCACACCAACGGUCACAGUACGCCAGUGCCGGCGACGACUGUGUCUUCGCCCUCGCCAACUCGUUUCAUUGGUCCCCAGUUGCCGCCCGGCGGGAUCAAUGGCUAUAGCAAUGGCAGUGCCCAAAAGACCGCCAUCCAGUUCAAGCAGCACCACCAGCAACAUCAGCAGAACGGUCUCCAACUGGGGACCGGAAACUUUCAGGACUCUGCGAAGGCUUUACUGGUUGGCGCACACGCUAAAGGCGAAGCUACUCCAGGUCCCACUGCAAAUGGUAACAAAAGUUCCUCUACCAGCAGCAACAACCACAAAUCAAUAAACCAGCAACAAUAUCUGCCAAUCUCCUCGGAGGAUGAGGACAGCGACGAUGAAAUGAAGUCCAGGCCAACGACAGCCCAGCUGCCGAGCAUGCCCAGGAUGACGGAGGACCACACGGAGAAGCCAAAAUCGCCGGUAAAGGUCCAAGUUAAGACCCCCGUAAAAACCCCGCUGAAGAGCUUAGUGCCCUACGAAUCCGCUUCCGAGGAGGAAGAGGCACCACUGCCCAAUCCCCGCAAACGUUCAAGUGGGGAAAACUCAAGCGAGUCGGACCAGGAGUCUGUACCGGUUAAUGGUCACAGCAAGACCAAUGGCUCUCUAGCGAACGGGUCUGUCUCGUCAUCGGUUCACGUUAACAACAGCAAACAAAAGACUGAUGCCAUAGAUGAGAUCUUUAAGAGCCUGAAAAAGUCAGCGGAUAGUGAGGAUGACGACGAUGAGGAGGAGCCGAGCAUCCAGCUGACCAAUGGCUGGCACCCACAGAAGCAAUCGCAGUCGCUAAGCAGAGCACCACCCUCGCCCAAGACGCCACCCUCGCCUGCAGUCAUCAAAUCGAAGACGGGUAUCUGGAAAGUUACGCGAAACGAUGAAGCUGAUGCAGAAGACGAUGACGAUGAUGAGAUCGAGGAGGCGCCGGCAACCAAAGUCCAGUCGCCGACCAAGACCCAUCGUAACCCCUUCGCCAGUAGCAAACCCUCCACGGACUCACCCACAACGCCUGGCGCCAAGCGCCAAAAGUUGCUCAACGGCAGCGCGGUCAAGUCGCACCAGCAGCCAAGGGUGGGCAAUGGUUACCAGAGCGAGGCCACCUCAAAUGGAAGUACCAUUAACGAGCUUCUGAAGCAAUCGCAUCGUGGAUACGGCUCCUCGGUGCUCAGUUGGAACGGCAAGCCAGCGGAGCUUGAAAAGGAGCUACUGGUGGACGCGCGUGAGCAGCGGCAGCGGGACCUGGAUGACGAUGAGGAGAACGAGAUGGAUCGUGGGAGGCAGCGCAAGGUGAAGUCUGGCGCGACCAAAGGCAACAACAGCAGCAAUGCCAGCAACAGUACGCCCGGCUACAAUCCAUUUCAGGAGUACGAGGGCCAAAAGCGCUGGAACAAGAACGGCGGCGGAGGUGGCUUUCCGCGUUUCUACAACCAGAACUUUCGCCAAAACUUCCAGCAGCGCAACAAGUUCAAGUUUAACCGCUUUGGCGGACCGGGCAGCGCCAAGUUCCAGCAGCAGCGAGCCCUGCAGCGUCACCUGGCCGCCGGCGGUGGCUUCAGCCGGCGACAGCCAACGGCACAGCAGCAGCAGCAGCAGCAAUCCUAACUGGAUGCGGACAGACGAGGAUCGAGAGGAGACGGAGACGUCGAUGAGACUGCGGCGUGUGCAUUUGUUAUUGGAUUUCGAUUUCGCAUGAGUUUUGUAAACGUUUUUUAACUGCUGAUGAACAUAUUAGAAGUAGGAGUAGGCGUAGGACUGUAAGCUAUAAGCUAGAGCGUAACUGUUGCCCCCAGAUCAUCCAGAACCUUCAUCCGCGCCCCAGCACGGCCCCAUUAACCUAAGCCUAUGAUUAAGUAAGAAAAAAAAGGAAUGCGAAAACCUG